AUGAAUCUCAAAGCUGUUCUCCUAGGCUCUUACAGCCUCAUCACUGGCGUCCAAGCUUUAGGUGACCUUCCACAGCUUGAACUCCCAUGGGGCACCUACCCAGCUAAGCUGAACAAGUACGAUGAGAAGAUCUACGUCUUUGAAAAUGUUCGCUUUGGGGCAUUGCCAACCCGGUUUGGCCCAUCUGGUUUCCCCAAAGAGAGGAACAGCAGUGUCCAAGUCCCUCCUGAAGUCACAGACUGUGUCCAGUUCCCCGCAACCUUUCUCAAGAAUGGCCCAGGCGGCAGAAGCAAUAUCGGUGCCCCUGAGACCUCUUCGGAUGUCAACUGGAGUGGUACCGAGGACUGUUUGUUCCUUGACAUCUACGUACCUGUCUCUGUUUUUAACGAUCCCGACCCUCAGCCACUACCUGUCAAUGUUUGGUUCUAUGGAGGAGCCUAUGCUUUUGGCUCGAAGCAUGUGUCUACCAAGGUUUUCGGAUUAGACGUUGAUCUACCUCUAUACUCUGGACGGUCUCUCAUGAAAUCGUCCAGGUACGAGGCCAUCUUCGUUGCGGGCAACUAUCGGCUAGGAGCGUUUGGGUGGCUUGCUGGAUCCCACAUGGAGAAAGAUGGUCUUCCAAACGCAGGCCUGCAUGACCAGCGCCUCCUGCUGGAGUUUGUUCAAGAGUGGAUUAGCAAGGUCCACGGUGACAAGAACAGAGUCAGUGCCUGGGGCGAGUCUGCUGGCGCUGGAUCUAUCCUUCAUCACCUGAUCAGAGACGACGGCACCAAAGACCCUUUGUUCAGCAGAUUUGUCGCCCAGAGCCCGGCUUUCGAGUGGUCGUGGAAUAACACUGCUGGUGGUGAGCCUGACAAAAUGUUCCAGGCUUUUGCAAAUGGGGCCAACUGCUCGGGUUCAGACCAGAUUGAAUGUCUGCGCGAUACAGAGGCUGUCUCCACCGACACCCUCGCGAAGCAGAACAUUGAGCUCUAUGCCGACUACCACAAGACGGGACUAUUUCCUCUUGGCCCUGCAAUUGACAAUAAGUGGGUGAAGACCAUUCCAACUCUUGCAUUCUCCCAAGGAAAAUACUGGAAGAACAUUGACUCAGCAAUCGUCGCCCACUGCGCCAACGACGCUGAGAAGUUUACUCCCCAGAGCGUUACAGACGAAGAUUCAUUCAUGGGCUUCUUGAAGGCUUUUCUCCCAGGUCAAAAGCUGGAACCACUGCGAAAGCAGAUCGCAGACCACUACGAUUGUGAGAAGAACUACGGCGGUGACUACCACCUUUACCUGCGAUACGUCAUUCGCGAUUCUUCAUUCGGAUGCAACACCCGUGAUCUCGUCGACGCCUUCUCGGAGAAGACCUACGCUAUGAACUACGCCUACCCAACCGACGACUUGGCUUUCCACGGGUCUGACCUCAUCCCAUUGUUCAUGAACAAUGACGUGCAGACCAAGCACAUGCUAAAAGGCGUUGGUAUGAGUAGCACUUUAGAUCGACUGAAAUGGGCGCCAGCAAUUGAUGACCAAGUUCAGCCUAAGUUCCUAAGCUAUUUCUCGUCAUUCGCCGUCAAUGGCUCACUCGAGGGAACCAACUGGCCGAUUGUUAGCACUGGGGAGAAUAAACUGUCCAAUGUCAUGAAGGUUAAUGCGACCAAGCCUUGGCCUUGGAAGACAGAUGUCAUUUGGCAGUUGGUUGAGGAUGAGCAGAAUUCGCAAGAUGUUUGCUCUUUCUGGCAUAAGAUAGCUGAGCAGAUUAUGAAGAAGAUGGAGGGGUCCGAGGAGGAGGAGGACAAUAUCGCCGUUGGUGAAGAUGUCCAGGAGGACGUGGCUGAGGAAGACGUGGCUCAACAAGAGUUGUAA